CGGAGGGGCGCGCGAAGGCGCGCGGGUGGCAGCGUUGUGCCUGCUGUGGUACGCGCUGAGCGCGGGCGGCAAUGUGGUCAACAAGGUGAUCCUGAGCGCCUUCCCAUUCCCCGUGACCGUGUCGCUGUGCCACAUCCUGGCGCUGUGCGCAGGACUCCCGCCUCUGCUCCGCGCCUGGCGCGUGCCCCCGGCGCCGCCCGUCUCGGGCCCUGGGCCCGGUCCGCAUCAGUCGUCCGGCCCGCUGCUACCGCCGCGCUUCUACCCGCGCUACGUGCUGCCGCUCGCCUUCGGCAAGUACUUCGCAUCAGUGUCCGCGCACGUCAGCAUAUGGAAGGUGCCCGUGUCCUACGCGCACACCGUCAAGGCCACCAUGCCCAUCUGGGUGGUCCUCCUGUCCCGGAUCAUCAUGAAGGAGAAACAGAGCACCAAGGUGUACCUGUCACUCAUCCCCAUCAUUAGCGGCGUCCUGCUGGCCACCGUCACCGAGCUGUCCUUCGACAUGUGGGGGCUUGUCAGCGCCCUUGCUGCCACACUGUGCUUCUCGCUUCAGAAUAUUUUCUCCAAAAAGGUAUUAAGAGAUUCAAGGAUCCACCAUCUCCGGCUGCUGAACAUCUUGGGCUGCCAUGCCGUCUUUUUUAUGAUCCCCACAUGGGUCCUGGUAGAUCUCUCGGCUUUCCUGGUCAGCAGCGACCUGACCUCUGUGGCCCAGUGGCCUUGGACGCUCCUGCUCCUGGCUGUCAGUGGCUUCUGUAACUUUGCCCAGAACGUCAUCGCCUUCAGCAUCCUCAACCUCAUCAGCCCUCUGAGCUACUCGGUCGCCAACGCCACCAAGAGGAUCAUGGUCAUCACGGUGUCCCUCAUCAUGCUGCGGAACCCCGUCACCAGCACCAACGUCCUGGGCAUGAUGACGGCCAUCCUCGGAGUCUUUCUGUACAACAAGACCAAGUAUGACGCGAACCAGCAAGCCCGGAAGCACCUCCUCCCCGUCACGACAGGGGACCUGAGCAGUAAGGAGCACCACCGGAGCCCCCUGGAGAAGCCCCACAACGGCACGCUCUUCCCCCCGCACAGCGACUACCAGUACGGCCGCAACAACAUCUUGACAGAUCACUUCCAGUACGGCCGGCCCACCUACCCAAACUCAUACACUUUGAACCGAUACGACGUGUAGAGCCUCGCGAGCUGGGCAGGACGUUCUGCCAGUCCUCUCCUCCAUUCCCGCCCCCAGCAGCAUCAGAAACUCCUGACAACCAGUGAAUGUACAACCCAGCCAAGGGGGGAUGGUGCGGAACCAGCAGAAAGCAGACCCUGCCGUGGGGACCACCACCCCGAGCUCCGGUGUUUCACGCCCUUUCUUCUGGGAGCCUUGUCUUCUGAGGGCGGCGUCACUCCGGAAACCUUGGCUAGGUUUUGACCUUUCUGUGUAGACUUACUUCCCCAAGUCUGUUCUUCAGAGUUCUUUUUCUGCUUUCCAGCCAGGACCCUCUCUGGAAAGGACAGAGACCUCAGAGAGCGAGAUGUGCUCUGCAGGGAGGGUGGUGCGGAAAGGACCUCAGGGUGGUGCUUUGUGACUGGCCACUGUCAGGCAGGCGCAGGACCGAAGCAGGUGUGGAGCAGAGGAGUGCAAGAGUUCCGAAAACCUCUCCAGCCACAAAGGUGGGCUCAGCUUUGGGUCAGCCCCAUGACGGUUUGCAAUUCUGGCCAACAUUCCUCAGUGCAGAGCAAUUGCAAUUAGCAUUGAAUCCUUAGAGCCUAAUUCUCUCACCCGCGAGUCAGAGUUGGUGUGCCGACCGAAAGGGAAGGGUGGCUGCUGACUCCGGACUCUUCCUUUGCUGGAGUGGAACGACUCUCCUCUCGGAGCAGCAAGAAGGAUCAUUCAAAAUCAUGUUCAGCAUUCCAAGCUAAACUGCAGUACUCACUUUGUUUUCUCAUGAGCCUUCAACACUCUCUGCUUAAUAGGAUAUCUGGUGAGGAGAUGUUGGUUUUAUGAGGAUCUUGCAUUUUUCUAGGGCAUAUUUUGUAGUCUGUUUUUCACCUUGGUCCCCCACCCCUCAUCCCCCUCUUAGGGGAUGCAUGCAGAUUGGCUUAUGGUUGGAAGCCCCUUUGGUUUUUAAACGUUUUAAAACAAGAAAGCUUGCUGGCGAUGCCUGUCUCGGCAUAUGUCUGCAUCUAGUAGGAAGGAAUGAAGUGUUCUGAAGCGCUUUUCUAGUGACCACAACCUCUGAACGUGAGAUGAAUCAAGAAUGUCAUCUCCAUACUUUUGUGUCACAGACCUUGGCGCUCUGAUUCCGUUAGCUGCUCUAGUGGUGUUUCCGUCAGGAUCUGAAUCACGUCCCAGGGAAGGGGCAAGCACCAGGCUAGGAUUUGGUUUGCCAAAUCAGUCUUUGGUCAAGAAGUUUGGCUUUUGGUAGAAUCACAUCGCCAGGAAGAUUAUGUGAGCUCCGAGGGUAACCCGUGUGCUGAGGUUCAGGUCGGGACACUGGCAUUACAAGAGAUUGUGGCCUCAGAGGGGACCCUCCCUUGACUGCUGGCUGCCUUCUUCCUCUGCCCUGCGCCUACCCUCUUGAACAGGCACUUGGUUUGAUCAGCAGAUGGGACCUCAGGUUACCUUUUACCUUCUGACAUGUGAGAUGGUUCUCUGCUCUGAGAGGAAGUGCCAACCAUAGCUUAUGCUCAACUCCUGUUUGUUUUUGAUAGUUGGAACUUUGUACUUAGAGGUUACAUUUUGUCGCUCAUGGAUGGGCAGCUCCUGAAGAGGUCAUGAGGUCGCCUUCUGGCUUGAGUUUAGUACCAGUGGCCUCAGGAGAACCAUUUGAUGUUGGCUUGCUUUUUACUUACUUUGGCCCCAAGUUCUGAGACUGCGCAGUGUGCAACAGGAAGGGGCCGUCUUCAAGGAUGUUAUUUGUGAACUUGCCGAGUGCCUUCAUCAGAGGCAGUAGUUGGACCUGCAGUUGGUCCACAAUAAAUGGGGAUAAUUUUGCAUGGCAAAGAUAUUACAGUAAUUGUCUUUAUGAUAGGAACUGAUUCCUUGAACAUAAAAUUGAACUCCAAAAUGAAUUAUGCUUUUCUGCAGGUUUAAUGAAAUUUCUGAGGUUUCUGAAAUUUGUGUAUUUGUUUUUCCAAAGCAAGAUCUGCUGGUGAGGGGAAAUACCUGACUGGUUUCAUUACGGUUUAUAAAUGAAUAAACGGAUAUUUAGUUCUGUACAUAAAUCUACAGUGAGUACAUACACUGGAAUGAGACAAUCAUAUUCGAUCAGAUCAGAAGACAAAGACAUACUUUUGAGACUUGAAAGUUCCGAGUGGACGUUGCCCUCAUGAAGGUCGGUUUUCCAGCCACUUGCUGCCCGGGCUCAGCCCCUCCUCCUCCUCCUCACAUCCACAUUUGCAGUUGGGUUCCUUCACCCUCCUCCCUGCUGGGGUUUGUAACAGCAAAUUUAGUUCACCCAUCCGUGGUGUGGCCUGCAAAACUAACUCAAACCCAGUCCCUUCAUUUUACUGAAGGGGGAAAACUGAGGCUCAGAGGGCAUUUUUAAAUAGUGUUUGUUCACUAUCUUGAGACUCAGUGUGGAAUUUUUAAGCACCUUAUUUUAAGUCAUUCAUUAUUUGGGAAAAUCAAACCCCUGUUACAAAGGAGAGAAGCCAAACAGGUUCAAAUGAAGAAGCACCUGGAGUUUCUGAAUUUUGCUGUGUAUUUAGCACGCGUCGUACAGCAGGUCCUGUGUUAUCACUGGGACAUAACCAGACCUGGAUCCCUUAAGGUCUAACAGCCUUAGGGCAGAGAACAUUAAAUUAUUGAAGAAUCUGAAAACUGUGAACUGUUUUAUGUCACCAUGUUUUCAGGACUUUUCAUGCUAUAGACUGUUCUGUGGGAAUGAUACUGUGUAUAUUCUUGGAUGGCAUUUACCAAAAAUAAAUGAUGGUCUCCAGGGAAUUAA